UAUGAUAUAAACAGUUUCGAGAGAAAAUGAAAAAGUUGUCAGAAUCUCGAGAACCCUCGAUAUUUUCAAAUCCACGUACGAUAAUUUAUUCUCUUUGUGACUCUAACAUUACCAUUUUUUUUUUAAUUUAUUUAUUUAUAUCCCCAGAAUCACAUUCUUCUUCCUCUGUCUUCCUCUUUGAUUAGAGAUUCUCAAGUUAAUGGUUUAAAGAGUUGGUACAGUUUGAUGGCAUAAAAAUUAAAGCUUUGCUACAAUAGCUUUCAUCCUACAGAAUAGGUUGAUUUUCUCGAGAAAAGUUUGUUCUUUUUUGAUGGGUACGGUUGAAACUCAAUCCAAGGUACCAUCUGGAGGUUCAUCUCCUUUGUCAGAAAACAUCAAGGUUCAAGGUCCAGAGCUGGAGAAGAAGGAGCUCAGUGAAGUUCUUAAUGGGGAGGGAAGUUGUGGGGUUAAUGAGAAUGGGGUUUUUUCUAGCCUUGGAAACCAAGGUUUGGGUGAUGAUGGGGUUGUUGAAGUUGUCAAGAGUAGGGUUUUUGAGGCCAAGGUUUCGGUUAUGAAGGAAAAUGAUUGUCAAGGUUUGGCUGAUUCUGACAUGAAUGGGGUGUCCUCUUUGUUGAAAAUGAGAGAAAGUGGCAGAAGCGCUGUGUUUUCUGGUGAGGGUGCUGAGAAUUUGGAUGAUGUUUCUGCUUGUGAGAGAAGUGCAGCAGAAGGUACUGUUUUGAGUGAGGUUGGUUCAGUAGGAAUUGGUGGGGAAGGCAUAAGAGAUGGGAAGAAAAGUGAGGAGGAAGGAAGAGAUGAAGAUUGUGAUGGCAAAAUUGUGACUAUAGAUGUUCCAAUUGUUGAAACAAUUGAGAAGUUGGAUGAUUUAAGUGAUGAAGGGUGUGGGAAAAUUGUGACUAUAGAUGUUCCAAUUGUAGAAACAGUUGAGAAAAUGGAUGUUGAAGUGGAGGAUUUAAGUGAUGAAGGAUAUGAGUUUUCCAUUGGUGAUUUUGUUUGGGGUAAAAUUAAGAGUCAUGAUUGGUGGCCCGGCCGGGUUUAUGAGCCGUCUGAUGCAUCAGACUUUGCUUUAAGGCUGAAACAAAAUGAUCGACUCCUAGUGGUCUACUUUGGGGAAGGAACCUUUGCUUGGUGCCAUCCAUCACAAUUAAAGCCAUUUGAGGAGAACUUUGAUGGUAUGGUGAAGCAGAAUAGCUCCAGAGCUUUUGUCAAUGCUGUACAAGAGGCUGUGAAUGAGAUUGGAAGGCUACUGAAUAUGAAGCUUAGUCAUUCAUUUGUUUCAAAGAUUACUAGUUCUGAAUUUACUCCACCAUUGUCGAAAAAUUCUGGAAUCAAGGAAGGAGUUCUUGUGCCUGAAAAUGGCAUAGAGAGACUUUCAGCCGUUCCAAUUGCCUCAGCAGAAUUGCUUUCUCUAGUGAAACAAUUUGCACAAACUAUUGCUAUUGCUAGUAUUCUGGAGCUGGAAAUAUUAAAAGCUCACCUCUCAGCCUUUUAUCUGUCAAGAGGAGGUUACAAAUUAGCUGUUUAUGAGGAUCCCCAGCCAGUUCUUGGACUUGAAGAUAGUCUUACAGGUGAAACAGUUGAUGUAGGUAACUGUAAGAGUGCAGUGGAAGCACCAGUCCAAGGGCCAUUUGAAGAGGAGUACUCUACCUUGCCAGUGAGCCCAAAAUUUGGUGAAUUGUGUCAUUCUCUAGGGCUUUCAGGGAAUAGAUUGAUCCAUAGAAGAAAACAGAAAAGCAUUGCUGAAAUUAUGGGGGAGGACAAAGAUGUUCAUUCCAAAGAUAGGGAGGGGGAUGCAACUGAUGAAGUGAUGGAUGCAAUUGGUUCAAGUGGUAGAAAGAAGAGAAAAGGUAGUGAGGAUGCAAGGGCAUCUAAACCAGUUCAGAAGAGAAAAGAGUUGCUUUCAGAUACUGAUAGAAAUGUGCUAAGUGCAGAAAAUGAUGGCAGUGAGGGCAAGGACUCAUCAUUGCAGUCAGAAGAGAAGAAAGAAGCUAUUGGUGGUGAAAACAUUAGCAGUGGGAACAAAAAAGAAGCUGAUGAAGAAGGGAAGGCCAAAGAACUAAAUGAGAAGGGUUCUUUAUCAAGAGAGAGGAAGAAAAGUAAGUACUUGUCCCCUCCCUUCACUACUCUAAUGAAGGGGCUAGGGAAGGGAAACAUAGAUACAGAAUCCAUUAAGGAAGGAAUGACCAGGGCUGCUAGCCAGCUUUCCCCUCCAGUUUUGAAGCGCAAUGAUGAGGCAUUUCAGGAGAAUUUCUCCAAGGGAGUUACCAUAGAGUGGAAGCUUUCUGAUAGCUCAAAUUACCAAACACAAGAAGAUUAUGAGAAGAGGACUAUUGAUCCAAAGAAGAUCCGGGCUCUGUCAGUGGAUGUUCUGUCCAAAAUCCGCGAUGUGGCUAUCAGUCCACAGAUUCCUAGGGAAAGUACUUCUCUGGAUGAAUUUGUGGACUUCAUUUCUGUUUUCAGAAGUUCAUUAUAUCACGAGGGAUCGUUAUACAAAGUAUACAAGAAGCGUCAACCUGGAAGGAAGAGAAAGAAGCUAGAAUCUGUUGGCGUUUUGCGGAAAGAACAAAGUCAAUCUGAUCAUAUGUCACCUGAUCAAGAUUCUCAGCCAACAAAGAGAAGAAAGGAGGCAACUCCCAGCAUGUCAAAAGUGAGGAAAGCUCCUAAAACUGAGAAUGACAAGAAGGGUAGUGAUGAAAAUUCUCAAGCAGCUGUGCUUUUUAUCACAUUUUGGCCAGGAUCCUCUCUGCCUUCAAAAUCUGAUCUUAUCACAGUAUAUAGUAAGUUUGGAGCUUUGGAUGAAACAGAAACAAAUAUGUUCUGUACUAAUUACACUGCUCGAGUGUCCUUCCUAAGAACUUGUGAUGCUGAAAAGGCAUUUAAAGAUUCACAAAACAUGAACCCCUUUCGAUCUUCUGAUGUAACUUUUCAGCUCCAGUAUCUUUCUGCUGGAUCCAAGUUUGGAGAACAUGGUGAAACAUCAAAAAGGUUCAAACCUUCGCCAGCUAAGAAGAAAGACAAGUCUGCAGCCUCACAGGGUAGUGAAGCAUCCAAAUUGAACUUCAUAAAACAGAAACUUCAAGGUUUGACCUCAAUGCUAGAAGCAUCAGAUGGCAAAUCACCUGAUAUGAAGACAAAAUUAGAGAGCGAGAUGAAAGGUCUUUUGGAGGAUGUGAACAAAAUGGUAGAAUCUUCUUCGUCCUAGAUGACACUUAUGAGAGUGGAGAUUGUGUAGCUUAUGAUUAGGGAAGGUUUAGUGACAUUAUGCCAUUUGCUUUUCGUGUUCUGUCUUUGUCCAAUGGUAAUUUUAUUUGACCCUGUGUGCACCGAGCUUUAUUUGAGAUAUUACUCGUUAUACAUAGAUGGGGUUGUGAUAUUAGGUCCUUAUCUAUGUAUGAUAUGUAACCUGUUGCAUGCAUGGUCUUU